UAUUAAAUAUUCUGUAAUAUGUUAACUCAUUUUUAUUUUUCAGAAAAGAGGAAAAUGCAAGGCGCUAAACGCGUUUUGGUUUUCUGCUUGAUGACAGCCAUUCUUCCGACGAUCCUGAUAAUUAUACCACUGUAUCUCCGACAUCAUGUCUUCGCUGACAUCGUGUAUCCCGUUUCCGAAUCAGAUGUUUUGGCGAUAUCCGAAGGAGUUUCCUCCAUUUUUUGUGAAUCGAUAGGAUUGAAGAUGAACACCAGUUUUAAUGCGUUUCAAUUACCGAGUAAGCCAAAGAAAAGUGGAAAAAUUAAACAUAUUAGGUUAAAGAAAUCGAUGACUUUACCAGAUGACACGUUGGAAUAUUGGGGAUUUUAUUUACUUCAGGGAUCUACAGUUAAAUUAAAGGUGUGUUCUCGUCAUAAUGGAGCGCGGAUAUUGGUUGUAAGGGGAGAAAAAAAUUUAAACACUUGUAAUCUCAUGAGGGAAGGUGGCAAAUAUGGUGCAAAAAUGGAUGCAGAAUUUAACAAAGUUAAAGUGUUUUAUGAAAAUGAAAAGCCAGCAGAUGUUUUGGAUAUGCUCGAUGAGGACAAAGCCGAAGAGGAAUUGGAUAAUAAUGAUAACGGUGUUGGACCUUCUAAAAAGUGGAAAAGAACCGACCAUAGCUUUUAUCCGAAUGAAAAUGUGCAACCGGCAGAAAAUCAUACACAUCAAGAGACUGAACCUGUGCCAAAAAUAAGACAUUCCAAAAGACAUUUAAAAGAAUGGAAAGAAAAAGUGGAUGCCCUACGCAAAAAGUUAGAAGGAAGAAGAAAGCGAAGUAUUUCCGCACUAGAUGCUCACAUAAAACAUGGUGGUAAUGCAAUGAAUACUUCUGAUGUAGACGGAGAAAGUGAGAGUAGCGUCUCUAGUUUUGAGACGGAAUUACUUCAGUGUUAUGAUGGAAAAAUAUUACUUUCGAGCAGUUUUCAACACAGCAACAGGUUUUGUAACAGCACGCAAUAUUUAGAUCAGAGCAACCAUAUGGUUACCGAACAUACAGUAGCUACAGACGGUUAUUAUUAUUAUAUAUUUUAUUCAGAUAAUGAUAUAGUUAAGAAUGAUAUACAUGUUGUGUUUAAUAUUUAUAAAACAACCUACGGAUUUAAAAAUGAUACGAGUGGAAAAGAAUGCAUUAAUCAAACAGUUUGCGAAUUUCCGAUACAUUUAAUGUCUAAUGAGAUAGUGAUAGUUGAAGUGCCUACGAGAGACGGAAUAGAACACGAAGAUGAUGAUAUAACUUUUCUUACAAGUACUUGUAGACCUAGAAUGGAGGUAUAUGUAAUUUUUCCCAUAUUGGUGUUAAUUUUGAUAAUGGUCUGUGCUUUUUUGUAA